AUGUCAUUUCGCAAAAGAGGAGAGGUGCUGAAUGAUAGAGGUAGCGGGCCGAGAAGCCCACUGGUGAGAGGCACUCCGAGGAACUCUUCAAUGCCAUUGAGAGCACCCAACAGAAGAGUACCUGGCAACUUUUCAUUGCCUGAAACUACUGCGAUAUUGAAAAAGUUGAAUAUUGCGGACGAGCCCAAGACAGCGAGCUCGUUGGACAGCACCCACGUUGGUAUAAGACCUUCUCCUGCAACAUCUCAACCUACCACUUCUACCGGGAGUGCCGAUUUGGACAAUAUACUGGGUCAUAUGGGUUUGCCCCUGGGAAAUUCCCUACUGGUAGAGGAACAGACCACAACUGAGUUUCAUUCUAUCCUUGGUAAAUUGUUCGCGGCACAGGGAAUUGUUCAUAAUAGAAUCGCAGACAGUGGUGCUGAUAAAAUUAGAAAUGGUGACACUCAUGUCAUCGUCCUGUCGUUCAAUCAAAUGUUCGCUAAGGAGUUACCUGGUAUCUACAAGGGGUCGCGUAAGCAAGUGAAGAAAAACCUGAUCUCUGAAGAGGAAUCGAAGGUCACGGUCCAAAAUUUGAACCAAACUCAAAGAUCUACGCCUUCAAGGUAUAAGGAUCUGAAAAUUGCUUGGAAGUAUAAACUGGCGGACGAAAAGAGACUGGGGUCUCCUGACAGAGACGACAUACAACAAAAUUCCGAGUACAAGGACUACAACCAUCAGUUUGAAAUUACAUCCCGUCUUAUGCCAGCUCCCAUAGCAUCUGAACUAACCUUUAUCGCUCCAAGUCAGCCUAUUUCCAACAUUCUGGGUCAAAUGGAACAGAUCAUUAAAAAGAACGACAAGAAGCUGGUAAGAAUAGUUAUUCCCUCCUUGCUACAUCCGGCAAUGUAUCCGCCCAAAAUGUUUGCAUCGGCUGAAGUUAUCGGGCUCCUGCACGGUGUUAGAAGUUUAGUCAAAAAAUACGAUGAAAGGGUCGUGCUGUUUGCCUCGAUAUCCAUAGACAUUAUCUCGCCUCCUUUAUUGGUACUAUUAAGGAACAUGUUUGACUCUGUUAUUGAUUUGGAACCCUUCAACCAAGAGAUGUCCCAGUUCUUAGAACGUGUCUAUAAGUCCCAACCAGGCAAGAUUCAACACGGCCUCGUCCACAUAUUAAAGUUACCUGUUUUCACAGAUCGUGGCGAAAUGAGAGUCCUGAAGUCUGAAUGGGCCUUUAGAAACGGCAGGAAGAAGUUUGAGAUUGAAGAAUGGGGUAUACCUGUGGAUGAUGCGGAAGGUUCUUCCAAUUCGGAACAAUCACACUCGCACUCGCAAUCAGAUAGUCCACAUGGCACUUCACAUAAUGAACCGGCCAAGAAGACCAAGAUAUCGUUAGAAUAUUGA